GAUGGGGUUUUUUGGGGGUCGGUCGUUAUUCCCUCAGGAGCUGUACCUCUGCUCGAUGGGAUAACGUAUAGACAUGUUCAGUUUUGAAGGAGAUUUCAAAACUCGACCCAAGGUAUCUCUUGGUGGGGCAAGCAGAAAGGAAGAAAAAGCUUCACUGCUACAUCGAACGCAGGAAGAAAGGCGAAAACGAGAGGAAGAAAGGCGAAGGCAGAGGAAUGCAGUUAUCAUUCAAUCCUAUGUACGAGGAUACAGGGAUCGAAAACAGCAACAUGCUAUUCAGCGAAGUGAAUUUGAUAAUUGUGUCUCCUUAGUCCGACCAGGAGGAGAUUUUUCUAUCAGUGAUGGAUAUAAUUUGAUUGUUUUAAUAAGGAAACUCCUAUUUUUUUACAAGCAAAAUGAGGAUUCAGAUAGAUUGACAUGGAUGUGUCAGAAUUUGGUGAAGCACAGUUCUCAAUACAUGCAACAGCUUGCUGAUUCAAACCGGCAAAUCUGUCUGUAUCAAAUAAAGCGUUUAUUGGGUUUAUGCUGCAGGUUACUGAGGAGCUGUAACAAUGAGAACUUGAAUGUUACAGUGCCUUUGAGGAUGCUGGAGACCUUUUCCUCAGAUAAAACGUAUUUGCCCAGUGUACAGGAGGCUAACUGUGUAGCAUCAUUAAUUGAACAGAUUUUGCACUACAUGGUUCAGAAAGGUUACUACAAAUCACUUUACAUGUUAAUUAAUCAUAGGCUUCCAACAAGUUUAGAGUAUACUGAUGUGUUGGAUGUUUCUCGUGUUCCACUCGCUAUGACAUUGUUAGAGAAUUUUCUGAAACCACUGCACGUUUCGUAUGCAUCCUGUCCAGAAGGUGCAAGGCACCGGGUUUUUGCAGCGUUGGCGAAAGAGUUUUUCACUGCGCCAUUCACAGACCAAAUCUUCAACUUCCUUAUUCCAGCACUGUGUGAUCCAAGGGUGUCCUUCCCUUACAUAGCUUUCCUGAAUGCACUAUUAAUAACCAAGAACAACGCUUCAGCAGGACCUGCCUUCACUCGGGAUACAGCUCCAUGGCUUCUGUACUUUGUACUUACUGUCGGAGAAUCACAAAUAGGCAAUCUCCCUGAGGAUGCCAUGCUUGUAUAUCUAAGGAUGUUGCAGUCACUUUUGCCACAGUUGCCUGUUUCACUGAUUGGCUCAAAUGGCAGAGAGUUGGGCAGCGACACAGAGGAUGAUGAAGAGGAGGAGCACAAAAUGUUUACUAGCAAGGAUGAUGGUAGAAUUUCAGUGAAUUUAAUUAUUGAGGAGUGUCUGAAGAAGCUGGACACAAAACAACAAACCAAUGCCUUGCUGAAUCUAGUAUGGAAGGACUCAGUGAGUGAAGACGUCUUCACGAUGAUGGCAUCCAUCUGUCACACUCUGAUGGUACAGCAUAGGAUGAUGGUUCCAAAAAUCAGACUCCUGUACAGCUUGGCUUUCAACGCAAGAUUUCUACGGCACCUUUGGCAUUUGAUCACAUCUGUAACCACGAAAAUGAUUACAGGGUCUAUGGUACCAUUGCUGCAGGUGAUUUCACGAGGAUCUCCGAUGUCCCUUGAAGACUCCAACCGGGUCAUUCCUCUCUUUUACCUGUUCAGCUCUCUGUUCAGCCACUCCCUUAUUUCAGUCCACGACAAAGAAUUUUUUGGGGAACAAGUUGAAGGAGGUGUGGGCCAGCAGUUGUCAACAAUGAUGCCGUUCACUUUAAGAGAGCUGGUGACGUUAUCCCGUUGCCUGCGGGAUGCUUGUCUUGGAAUCAUUCAUUUGGCGUAUCCAGAGACAAAGCCAGAAGUGCGGGAGGAGUACAUUGUGGCAUUUAAGAGCAUUGGAGUUCGCACCAAUGCAGAAAUGCAGCAAAGAAUUGAAGCAGAACGCAAAAGAUGGAUUCAGCUCUUUAAGGUAGGGGGUAAUUCAAAUUUAGUGAAAAUGCUCAAGUGCAGAGACACAAGAAGACAAUUCUGUCCUAAUGAUCACUGGCUUUCAGAUCAAGUUAACAUCCGAGCAGAUAAGGUCACACAGCUGUACGUGCCUUCAGCAAGACAUGUCUGGAGAAUGCGCCGAAUGGGAAGAAUAGGACCAUUGCAGUCAACACUGGAUGUUGGUCAAGAACCUGCUCAGUUAUCAGUGUCUGAAGAACGUCACCUGGCUAUCUUAACUGAAUUACCUUUUGUGGUUCCGUUUGAAGAAAGAGUGAAGAUUUUUCAGAGACUUAUCUUCGCUGACAAACAGGAAAUUCAAGGGGAGGGGCCAUUUUUAGACGGGAUAAAUGUCACCAUUCGGCGAAACUAUAUCUACGAAGAUGCCUAUGACAAAUUGUCACCAGAAAACGAGACUGACCUGAGGAAAAGAAUACGUGUCCAUUUAUUAAAUGCUCACGGUUUGGAUGAAGCUGGAAUUGAUGGUGGAGGAAUAUUCAGAGAGUUCCUUAAUGAACUGCUGAAGACGGGGUUUAACCCAAACCAGGGAUUUUUCAAAACCACAAAUGAGGGUCUUCUAUACCCGAACCCAGCAGCAAAGAUGUUGGUUGGUGAUCACUUCACUAGACACUACUACUUUCUGGGGAGAAUGCUGGGAAAGGCGCUGUAUGAAAACAUGUUGGUAGAGCUGCCGUUCGCGAGCUUCUUUCUCUCCAAGCUACUGGGCACAAGCGCCGAUGUUGACAUUCAUCACCUUGCCUCAUUAGAUCCUGAAAUGUACAAGAACCUGCUUUUCUUAAAGAGCUAUGAAGGUGAUGUUGAGGAACUUGGACUGAAUUUCACAGUGGUCAACAACGAGCUUGGAGAGGCGCAGGUGGUGGAAUUGAAGGCAGGUGGGAAGGAUAUUCCUGUCACGAGUGCUAACAGGAUAGCAUACAUUCACCUUGUAGCAGACUACAGGCUCAAUAAACAGAUCCGACCACAUUGCCUCGCCUUCAGGCAGGGGGUGGCAAAUGUUGUCAAUCUGGAAUGGCUGAGGAUGUUUGACCAACAGGAAUUGCAGGUUUUAAUUUCUGGAGCACAGAUUCCGAUCAAUCUCGAUGAUCUCAAAAACUUCACAAACUACUCAGGAGGCUAUUCAGCAGACCAUGUCGUCAUUAAAAUAUUCUGGGACGUCGUGGAAAGUUUCACCAGUGAUGAAAAGCGCAAGUUACUGAAGUUUGUCACUAGUUGCUCUCGACCUCCACUGCUGGGAUUUAAGGAGCUAUAUCCUGCAUUUUGCAUACAAAAUGGAGGGACUGACUUGGAGCGAUUGCCGACAGCUAGUACUUGUAUGAACCUACUGAAGCUUCCAGAGUUUUAUGAUGAAAAUCUGAUGAGGAGCAAACUACUUUAUGCAAUUGAGUCAGCAGCAGGCUUUGAGCUAAGCUGAAGUAAAACAGGUUGUUGAACUUGUGAAAAUAUUGGUGUCCUAUACACACACCAUCAAUCAGAAUUCUCAGAAUGGCGGUAAAUCAAACUGUUGAUCUGAAACGUGUCUUGUAAUGAAGUGCACUGCAAAGAUGAGGCUUUUAAUCAACUGUCUGUAGCUCAGAAGAAUAUAGGAUCAUAUGGAUUACAGAGUGGGGGUGUUUUUACUGUGUAGAAAUGAAUUGGAGACAACACACUGAGCACAAGUCUCAACUGUGACGAACAGACCGAUCUGUAAUGUUAACAGAAAAAUAAGCCCAUGCUCUGUGACAUUAACCAAAGAUGCAGAAAAUGUUGAAAUGCCGUGUAUAAGUUAAAAAAAAAACAAAGGGCAAAAAAGGAAGCCAUAAUAAUGGAAGAUAUUUGCAUUUGAAGUAGGUCCCUUCUCAUCUGAAGCCUAUUUUAGAAAGGAAAUACGUGGCUUAUAUGGAGUUUUUUUAAAACUUCACGCUGACUUCUUGCAUUUGACAUGGUUAGGUGGGAGCACAUAGACGGUGUAUUGCUGUGUUUUUCAUUUUUAAAAGUUGCACAUUUCUUACCGUCUUGGUUUCUAAUCACAAUUAUGUCACAGUCUGAAACCCACCAAAAACAAUUCCAAUUUGAAACCCAGCUUGUAAGGUGUGUGACUACAUCUUUAUCCGGUUAGAUGAUCCUUCUGCAAAACUAGUGUGAAUUUUUGAGGGGGGUGGGUGGGUGGGGGGAGUGAGAUGUAUGGAUGGGAAAUAGUCUUCUAAUUCUUUCCAGUGGUCCAUUGAAAACUGUUCAGCUUGCUCCUAAAAUCGUGCUAUUUAGGGUAAACAUUUUAAGACCAGGAUUCGUUUGCGAUUUCUGUAAACAGAGAUGUGAAUACGUAUAUGUUUUUUUUCCCUGCAUCUGUGAAUACUAUGUUUUUGCUCUGUAUCUGUACAGUUUUUUUUCUUGUGUAUUAAAUUUCUGUGGUACCAGAAUGGUCCUUGCUGUUAAAUGAGCAUUGUAACUUAACAGCUAUUAAAACAAAAUUUGAAUAAUGUCA